AUGGAGGUGUCGCGAGAAUCAUUAGUGCAGAAUUUGACUGGGCUAAAGUCGCUACUACGAUUGAAUGCAGAUGGGAUUGGUGAUGAUGAGGAUUUAGCUACAUUGUUGAGCAGUACACGGCUAGCCUUGGAUAGAUUCGAAGGAGACCUUUUGGGGAAUCAACAUAUAAUCCGCGAAGACGUGAUUACUCCAGAUACAUUACCACCUUCAUCGAUGACUUCGCAGCGUUUCUCCUUAGAUUCGUUAUCGUCAACAUGGCAGAGCACACCAAACAGCCUCCUUUUUACAUCACCACGGGAUUCAUUGUCGAGGAAAUUUGGGUUUAUGGAGAGCGUGAAGGAUAUACAAGAGUCAGCCGAACAGGAGGAGGAGGAGGAGGCCGGGCAAAACGACGUUGCCUUUCAAAGGUUAUCAAUGCUCCUUGCUGGUUUACAGGCACAGGCUGAGGCUGCAGUCGGUUCACCUGCUGGGCCACUACGACAAUUUGGAGCUUUGAAGCCCCCUGCAGAGAUCAAGGAUGAAGAGGAGGAUGAAGAAUUUGGGAGAGGGGCAACAUUAUCCAGCAUGUCACCAUCCGCAAAUCCAUCUAUGGCUACAACUACAAGCAGCACCAUCGGUUUUAACACAUCCUGCCCCGGAACCCCGCGUCUCGCUACUUCUUUUCAUAGAUCCUCAUCUUCCGUGCCUUUAGUUUCACUAAGACAUUCACGUAAAAAUAGUAGGAUCAUCAUCGACAAAGAUGGAGAUACAUUUGGAAUCCCGCUCUCUCCUAUGAUUCCCGUUUCUACAGCAUCGAAAUCACAUACAUUUGAAUUGCCUCCUACGCCUCCCCCUACACUCAGAAAACGCCCCAUUGGCCUAGAUCUUGCCCCGCCGAAAUCUGGAAUUUCGUCGAGCUUACCUUCGCCCGCCGUUCUCUCAAGACAUAACUCGUAUUUGGUAACAGAUACAGACCUUGAGACUUUACUAAGCGACUUUUUGGAGCAAACCCAGAUAAGGAAUAUAGAGGGAGCAUACGAUAUUAUGUUCACACGUAUAUGGGCGUAUCUUUUUGGCAGCGGCAUCGUUUGGGCAAUCGUAGGCUGGCUGUUAGGAUGGGGUUGUAGUGAAUGCAACUGUUCGGCUGUGUCAUGA